AGCCCGCGCGCUCUCCCGGGGCGCUGGCGCCGGCGAGCGCGGGCGCCUGUCGGGGAGGCGGGUCGGGGCGCGGGAGAGCGACAGGGGCGUGGAGUGGGGCUGGCCCCGCGCCGUGGCCCGCGCCUGCCGGACAGGUUGCUGUGGCGAAAGUUGUCUGGCGUUUGGAGAAGGAGGACGGCGGCUGUAAUGGCCGGGGGGCGCUUGGGACUGCGUCGCUGGCCCUCCCCACACCCCUGGCCUCACAGUCCAAGUGUUUGAGAUCGGAGUUGCCCUUGCGCCGUGCCACGCAGACCACCACUCUCCCGCGGAACUGUGGUGCCCCGGGCCCUGCGGAUCCGAGCCUCGAGCGACCCGGAGACCCUGGGCCGGGCCGGGCCGGGCCUGGCCUCCCUGGGCCGAGGGCGCGAAGCUGCGUUCCCGGGGAGUGUGGAGACCGGGGUGUGCUUCCCCUUUAUUCUCGGGGUCUUCGGGGGUGGCCAGGAGUGGCCGGCUGGUCGAGCUUCGCAGGACCCCAAGUUCUGGGUGACCCGGGCUCUGGCUGUGCCUGCGGGCAGGCAUUAUUCGUAGGUUCCCCGUUGCUUUUUCAAUGGAGGAAGAGAAAUACGCCGGCUCUUUAGCCGGAAGACGCAUUCCGACUUCGGGACCCGGUUGUCGCCCGGGGACCCCGCGGUCUUCUCGAAGCCUGGAGCCCGCACACGUUUGCAGUCCGUGUUGGUUCCUGUAUGGACUUUGUUCUCAACCUGAGUGACAGUAAUUUAGUGAAAGAAUCUUACUCCCUUCUUCCCCCAAGUAAAUGGCAAACGCCGGGCUGUAGUAACUUCGGCUGCUGCGUUCACAUUUUCAAAGGCUUCGCACAAAUCCAGUUGCGCUUUGAAGUUUUGAAGCAGAUCUGAAAAUGAGGAUCACGAACGUGUAUUGCUCCGUACCCCUCUUCCUUUCUGGCCCCUUCAGAAGUGAGACUGGGGUCAGCGUGAAAUACCCUCCCAGCAGCGGGAACUGCAUGUUCAGAGAGGGAGUCGGGUGGAAGGCAAUGCAGAGUUUCCAAGAUGAGCAUUCGUGCAGCUGUUUCCUCCGUCUAAUUUCUUCCUCUGGCUUCUGUACAGAGAAGGUGAUCGUACAUAUUUAUUUUUUAUUCUAUUUUGAAUACGUCGCAUUCUCGAGAAUGUCUGCCACUCCGUGAACUUCCUAAUUUGUUGUAGUAACUGCGGUGGCCGCUGUUGAAAGGGUCCCCAACGUUAAAUCCUAGAUGAGGCUAGUGAUGGAUGGGUAUCAGUGAUCAUUGCGAUGGACAUAAUUCCCAACAAAAAGAGCAGCUGCGAUUACCUUUUCCCUCGCUAGAGUCCAGGAGUCAAGUGUGGGUUUAAGAGGGGACGUUCGACUCCGGUUCCCUGUGCAAUUAAGACAACUCUUGUAUCUCCAUGUUCUAGACAAAUUUUAAUGUCUGUGUUGCCUUCACGGAUUUCAGAACAUUGUUUCUGCCGCUGCUUUUCUUGAACGUUUUCAAAGCAGUUCUUUUAAAUAUGGGACAUAAAAAGGGAGAGAUGUGCUUGGGCAAAGGCAUUUCUUGCUGUUGGGUGAAAUUUUGUCAUUGUGUGUGCAAAGUGGUUCAUUGAGCUUACGGUUUCUCUUCUGAAUUAAGUCUGUGCUGUGCUGGAGAAGAUGCCGGCAGCCCGCACCACCGCCCCGCCAUGGGCGCAGCCCCUACACUGUUUAUAGUACGGCCUGGAAUUUUCAUCAAAGGAGGGUUAGGCUAAUCAGAGACAGAACUGGGAUAGAUUCCUCAUUAAUAUAUAGCUUGAACCAGCUUGUUGCCUCGGCAACUUUUUCCUCCGGUUGGGGGGAAAUAAAUUAUGAUUUUAUUUAAAUGAUUCCUGUUGUGUUAAUCUUCUGGUAUCUCCUUUUGAGUCAAGUGGACAGCUUCAGUGUGCGAAUUGCAGGAGAAGAUCGAAGGCACUGGACAUUAGAUUGUCUUAUUAGUGACACCCCACGAUCCUCACUAAUUAAAGGGCAAUUGAGCAAGACAAUAGGGAGCUAAGAUAGCUCCGUGUGGUGCUGGGAGACCAGGGCUUCCGUCUUCCUGGAACCUCCCUGGGCAAGCAAGCUUAGGCUCUCACUGGAAACCAAGGGCUUCUAAAAACUCAGAAAUGCGAAGACUGGGAAUCCCUUUUCCCUCGUGAGGGGAAGUGGAAGUGUUAGACUUUCGAAAGACUGCAAACUAGAAGUUUCUGCUCAUUCCCGGAUUUGUAUGUGUUGAGGGUGUGAUGAGAGGUAGGCUGGAGACAAAAGGGAAACCUUUAUUAAUUUAAUGAUCACCAAAAGAGUUCUCUAUUUUUUUUUUUUUUUUUUUUUUUUUGGAGGGGCACAUCUCUUUCCAAAAUAAUUCUGUAAAGGGAUCACUCAGGAUUGCUUCACUUUGGCACUUGGAGCACUGAGCAAUUUUUCUCUUUUUCUUUACAAAGCAGAGAAAGGGGGCCUCCUUCGUUCUCUUCUGCCCUUUAAAAGAAUUACUUUCUGUCUGGGACCAGCAUUAAGCGAUACACUGUUAUGUAAGACAGGGGCUCAGCAACACAAGAUUCACCUGGGAACUCGGUUGGCUUCUGGUGUAGGGAGCCCCCAGGCCUUGCACACAGAAGGAGUUCAAAGCCUCGGAAAGUGUGCGAGCAAAGUCUCCCCCGGGGCAUUGGGGUCUAACUCCGAGGAUCCGUUUGUUCUGGGACCCAAGGGCCCUCUCGCUGAGGUCUCCAUGCCGCUCCCGUGGCUUCUUUCUUCUCGCACAAGUAGCAGUCGCAUAAAUUAAAUGUGGGGGGGGGGGCGGGGAGGCCCUCUAGGUCCCGUGGUGUGUGUCUCUGCCCUCGGUUGCUGCUGGGUUGCCUGGAGCCAUCGAUCUCCUCCAGCUCUGUGGCGGUGGCCUGUCCUGCCGGGCGUUGGUAGCAGUGACCCCAGAGCGCCUGGCCCAUUGGACGUCCACACCAUUUUGUGUAGAUGUUCUUCCCUGGCCCCUAGGUGGGAGGUGGCAGCAAAUCCCUGCCGGCUGUCCCAACCAGGAGCUGGGCCAUCCUGAUGCGGGCCGGGGUCUCUGUUGGAGCCGUCGCGCGGGGAACAGCGCGGGGAACAGCGCCGCUGUGCACAGAGCCGCAGUAGCAGGGCCAGGGGCGCCCUUGCGGCUGGCUCAGCGUUGGGGAGAGGGGUUGGGGAGGGAGACACGAAGUCUGGGUGCGGCACUGGAUUGCCGGGUUGUGGGGAGCGCGCUGCGGAGUCGAAGAAAGAGAUAAAGGUUUCCUGAUCAUCUUUCCCGGGUCCUGUCGAAAUCAUUUGGAAAACGCAGGUGGGGGGGGGCUUGGAGCCCCGCUGGGCACGGACGGCCUCUUCUCCACAGUCCCCCUCGCACUCGGCGUCCCUGCUGUCCCACCCCUUUUUCUCUGGUUUUGUGCGCGGCAGGCCCAGCCCCAUCCCGCAACACGCACGAUUUAGCUAUUUUGCAUCAUGCGUUAUCUGGCGCCCUGGAACCCAACACAGAGCCGCGUCUUAGAUUGAGGUUAGGCGAGGUGGCGACUGUUUAUUUAAGGUGAUAAAAUGGUCCAUCAGCAGUAAUCUCCGUCGAUAUGUGCCAACGGCAGAUGAAAGAUGGGGGACACGCCACAAUUAAUUGCCCUCUGGUUUUGUAGGAGAGAGUGGGGCCGGCCGGGCCCGCUUCGAUCUCCUCCCGCCGCUCCUAUUCAUCAUAGGCGCGGUGGACGUGGCGGCCGCGCGGGGCAGGGGCCGGCCGGGUUUAUCUGCGCGCAGUCGGCCCUCGCCUGCGCACGCUGGCGCGCCGGUGGAAUCUAUUAAUACCGUCAUCGCGAGGCCAAUAAAACCCACAUUUUCCCCUGGCUCCUUCUUCCCCUCCCCUUGCUGCCUCGCCCUCGGGGUCUCGGGGCCAAGCCGGGCAGCCGGGCCCAGCAGAGAAAGCCCGGCGCGCCCGCGACGCGCCAGCCGGCCGCUCGUCGAGGGAGCGAGUCCCGAGAAGGGGACGGGAGUUCGCGCUGACGGCGCGCGCUAGAGCCUCGUCGCUCCCCACCCUGGCCUCCGGCAGAGCUUCUAAACCCUCUCGCAGGGCCUCCAAGACCCCUGUCGAGUGGACGAAGAGGGUCUGUGGACCGCGGCCACUUGGCGUUGGAAGAGAGCUCUUUGGGAGCGCCUGGGCGCCCCCGUUCGCGCGGUGGCCCAGUCCCCCUUCCCUAGGGCGCCGGGAGGCCAAGGUUGCAGACCGCCCAGUUCCUCCGGCCUCUGCCCCUGGGCCCAGCCCCUCCUCCGGCUCCGGGCGCGCGGCGUGGCCAGCAGGCGGCACACCCCGGACCGAGCCGCCGGGCGGCGAUCGAUGGGCGCUGGCCUCACAGGGCUCGGCCUGUGGAACUGUGGUGACGGUCGGGGAAGAUUUACAGCCAGGCCGCCGCUCUGGGGCUGGGGGCCUGGACGGGGGGAGGGGGCAGACUCUCAGCCCCUGCAGGGUUCUCUGGACCGCGGGUGGUGAGCACAGGGUGGGGCGCGCGCCCUCCGCUGACCCGCUGCGCCCCAGCCCACUCGCACCUGCAGGCCUCUCCGGAUCUGCAGAAGCCCUGCGCGCUUUGUAUUUCUCCUUCCCUAGAGCCGAGGGGGAUGAAAUCCCAGAAGAGAAAGCCGUGGCUUUGGCCCGUUCGCCUCAGAGGAGGGCCAUCAAAAACUAGGAAUAGUCCACGGGCUUGUAAAGACAUCAGAGAAGGCUCGCAGAAGGGCGUGGCAUGGAAAGGGGGAAAGUUCCCUUCUCUUCCCUCGGCCUGGCCUUCUGCAGGCAGGAGGUGCACGCUCUGUGACCCAGGCAGUCAGGCCCCUGGCCCAGGGACCGCCGACUGCGGCCGUGACAGAUGCAUUGGAGAUAGAAGAACCAUCAUUUCACGUGGUCCUUGUUGCAAAAAUGGUAUUUUGAAGUGUCUUGCUUAAAUCACAUGGAAAUAACUGGCACAUACAAACAUUUCCUUAUGAAUGACAAUUAUGGAUUUGCACAAAAACACUCCUUGGUUUCAAGAGAAAAUAGCAACAUUUCCUUGCCUAUAAAAGGACGUUGGCCUGGAAUGCCUGGUGAGGGUAUGCAAAUGACAUUGUUACAGAGAUGCAUAUUUAUAAGUAGUUGGGGUAUCCAGCCUCCAUAAUCCUCAUCCCUUUUCACAUUGGUGUUUGUGGCUCUCUAGCUAAGAAAUACUGUUAGAAUGUUCCUGUGCUUGAGCGUGUUUGUUACCAACCCCACCAAAGAGGUGGCUUGUUUUAAACAUACUCAAGUUCCACCUGGUCCCUGAGGUGCAAGUUAGAAAGCAUAUGCGGAUGGGAUUUUGUAUAUUAAAAAGUGGGAUGUUGUACAUUAGACCAUAAGGUGAGAUACGACGGUGGUUGGUCAACUUCCCUGGCGGGAUGUUUCGACGGAGCAUUAAGCGUGUCACCCACGGAGAAAACUCAGAGGAUCCAUUGACCUUGUCUGCUGUGGACCUGACGUAUAGGUCACCUACUGUGGACUGGGGGGAGAGGGCUCAGUUUUUUAAUCUGCAAAAUGCUCCUAUUAAGUUUUCCCAGCACUUGUGGAGACAAAUGAAACAAGUUGAAGAGAGCACUAGAGGACUUUUUGGUAAAAGGACUUAGCCUGUUUUAUGGUCAUCUGUUACGAAUGCUUCAAGUGUGCUUUAGUGUGUGUGUGGGGGGGUGCUGGGGGUUGCAGUGGCUGGAGCUGCUGCCUUUGCCCUUUGGUUACUGAUGGAGCUGGAAUGAGGUUACAUGUGGAGGUGUCGGGAACAGGUGCAGUGUCUGCUCAGGCCCUCGCGGAAGUGAAUACUAGACACUCUUGCUUCUCUUACUACUCUGCUCUCACCCAUUGCUUUCUUGAGCCACCAAAAAUUGGUUAAAGCAACUCCCAGGGAUGACCUAUUUUUUAUUUUCAGGGAGCAUCUUGCCUUUGCUAAUUGUCCUUUGUUUUCAGUUACUUGUGCUAGGGGCUGAAUGGCCAUCUCUCAUCUGACACUAAAAUUCAAAACUACAGCUAUUACCUAUUUACUUUCCUGUUUAUUCUCUGAACUUUAAAUCCUCCCACAUCACCCAGAGUGUGGGAAAUAGAGAGAAAUCACUGUAGCUCAGUCUAGCUCUGGCAAUUUUUGUGGCCUCAAAACAGUUGCUUUGGUGGAAUGUUUCAGUGCUGUUGAAUGAGUCCUGAGUUUGGACACAGACCUCUCCCAGCUUCCAUCAGUGUGAAUGCGGGAGAGUCAGGCCCGGCCUGACUGCAAAUCCUUUCUUGGUCACCUGCAGCUUCUGGUCUUCGGUGAAGUUACAGUGCUGGGGAGGUCUCAGCCAUCUCAUCAGAACAGGUGCCUGGCACCUGGCAGGCACUUGGUGCUUGUUGUCUGUCCAUCUCUACAGUCACAAGUUUGAGUGUGGAAGUGCGCUUCAGAGAGGCAGGCACGUGGAUAAACAAGGGAGUGCCCCUGCCUAGGCCCUAGGGAGGAGGGCAGAGCCUUGCACUGUUCUCACAUGGAUUCGUGUUGCUGAGAGAGGGGGCAGAAGGGCCUGUGGGCCAGGGAGUCCCAGAUACUACCCCACCUGCAGAAAGGGGUGUUGCUUUUCCUGGAGGGGCCUGGGGUCACCCCCCAGAAGCUGCAAUCAGCAGGUGCCUUCAUCCUCCUGCUUUCUUGGGAGGGGAAGGUGCAGCUGUGGGAAGAUUGGAUGCUCACAGAAUCAACCUCUCUUGCCAUAAUGCAAAUGGGGGAGAGACUUCGCCCACCACGCUGGGGUUGAUAUUUGGUGUGCCUUUGUGGAAAGCUCCCUGCUGACUCAGUUUGUUGGAAGCAUUUUUUUGGGUGCUUCAGCCCUCUCAGCAAGAGGGAGCACCCCCAGGGUGAUGCAUCAGGCUUACUAGCCACUAAGGCCUGGCACAAGCCCCAAGGGCCACCCCGCAGCUCAGUGCUGGAGCACCUGCUGCUGCCCCACUCUCUCCAUCAACACCAGCCGGGGCUGUGAGGCUCUGCCGGAGGCUGGGUUGCGCGGGCAGGCGCCGAGGCCACCUCCUCUGGGUAGGCCCGCUGCGCCCGGGGCGCAGACACCGCGGCUCCACCAGGUCCAUUAAUAACCCGGAGGGCGCUGCGAUCCGACAGCGCGGUCUUCCCAGGCCCUGCUUCCCGCGGCCGCCUGCCCUCUUCCCACCCAGUUCAGAUCGAGGGACGCUGGGCGCCCACAGCCGUCCCGCCCAGGGGACAGGGGUGCCCUUUCGCGCCGGCUGCCUGGGGAGCAUGGUGGUGGAGAGAGCUUCGGCCACAGCCCUAGUCUGGUUACCGCAGGGGACAGCAUUCCGUCGGGACAGGGGUUGGGGGUCCUCUCCAUUGAUCCGUUACACUGAUCGGUUUCUGGGGAGAGCUUGCACGCGCACACAGGCACCCCGAGCCCGCUGGGAUCCCCCCCACCCUGAUUCUGCGCCGGUCCGGGAUGAGCGCUGCCAGGGCGCUCAGGGAACCCCUGGGGUCGGGAGCUGGGCGUCAGCGGGGGUGCGGGAGGUCGGGGAAGCCGCGAUGUCACUGCGCCAGACAGGUGGGCCACCUGCCCAGGUGGUUGCUAAACGUAACCCCAGUCCUUGCAAAGAGAGGAAAACCAAACGCAUAGAUGUAUCUUUCCCGGGUACCAGAUUGGGCAAGGGACGGGCUUUAUUCGCGGUAACACGGCAGAUGCGCCCUGCCGUCCGGGUGGAGUGCGAGGAGGGGCGGGGAGCGAGAAUCAGCCGAGGGACAGGUGCGGGGAGGCCGCGCUGUGGGCUCCGCAGCCGCGCAACGCCUCUCCCUGCAUCCAGCUCCCAACGCUGUCCGGGAGCCUGGGGUUCUGCCUUGGAACCGCGCAAGUUUGGGUCCCGCGAAUUCCAAGGGAGCUGUGUGGGUUGGCGGUUCCUUCUCCUAGUGGCCCUCUGCGCCCCCAUGGCGGCGUCGCGUCCCCCGCAGGUGGCUGUCGGGGCGGGCGGGGAUGCAGCCUCUCGGGAGCUCCCCCGAGGACGGGCAGCCCCAGAGGCCAGGUUAACCUCUCCCUUCCCUCUCGCCCACUUGUCUCCCGCAGGUUGUGACAUGUGCGCCGACAACCGCAACGGCGAGUGCCCCAUGCACGGGCCGCUGCACUCGCUGCGCCGGCUCGUGGGCACCAGCAGCGCCGCGGCCGCCGCGCCCCCGCCGGAGCUGCCCGAGUGGCUGCGCGACCUGCCGCGCGAGGUGUGCCUGUGCACUAGCACCGUGCCCGGUCUGGCCUACGGCAUCUGCGCGGCGCAGAGGAUCCAGCAGGGCACCUGGAUCGGGCCCUUUCAGGGCGUGCUCCUGCCCCCGGAGAAGGUGCAGGCGGGCGCCGUGAGGAACACGCAGCAUCUCUGGGAGAUAUAUGAUCAAGAUGGGACACUUCAGCACUUUAUUGAUGGUGGGGAGCCUAGUAAGUCGAGCUGGAUGAGGUAUAUCCGAUGUGCAAGGCACUGCGGGGAGCAGAAUCUAACAGUAGUUCAGUACAGGUCGCACAUAUUCUACCGAGCCUGUAUAGAUAUCCCCAGGGGCACCGAGCUUCUGGUGUGGUACAAUGACAGCUAUACGUCUUUCUUUGGGAUCCCCUUACAAUGCAUUGCCCAGGAUGAAAACUUGAACGUGCCCUCCACGGUGAUGGAGGCCAUGUGCAGGCAGGACGCCCUGCAGCCCUUCGCCAAGAGCAGCAAGCUGGCCCCGGCCUCGCAGCAGCGCUCCGUCGUCUUCCCCCAGACGCCCUGCAGCAGGAACUUCUCCCUCCUGGAUAAGUCCGGGCCCAUGGAAUCAGGCUUUAACCAGAUGAACGUGAAGAACCAGCGGGUGCUCGCCAGCCCCACCUCCACCAGCCAGCUGCACUCGGAGUUCAGUGACUGGCACCUGUGGAAGUGCGGGCAAUGCUUUAAGACGUUCACCCAGCGGAUCCUCCUGCAGAUGCACGUGUGCACGCAGAACCCCGACCGGUGCGAGAGGUGUGAGAGGAGCUUCACGCAGGCCACCCAGCUGAGCAGACACCAGCGGAUGCCCAAUGAGUGCAAGCCAAUAACCGAGAGUCCAGAAUCAAUCGAAGUGGAUUAACUGAUUGACUGGUUGGAAUUAAACUGCAAGGAAAGUCAUGAUUAAAUGUCACGGACACUUAAGCAAAACCAAAGAUUUCCUCUGAGCAACUUUCAAUCAGUCCCAGAAAACCAAAAGCAGUAAUAAAAUAAGUAAGAUGUUAAGAGAUAUUGAUCCCGGCAUGGAAGUCAGACCAGGAAACAGAUUAUUUAUUUAUGACUAGGGAUGAGACUCAUUUCAGUGGACUGCGAACCUGGGGUGGCCAAACAUUGCCAGUCCUCCCGCCAUGUAUUUUCUUUGUUUGUAAAAAGCUUUUUAAAAAAAUUUGUUAUUUAAUACCAAAGGGAGGAAUCGUGGGGGCUGUUGUGCCCGCAGUUGCAAUCAAGAAUGCACAGGGACUUGGCUGUCGUGGCACCUUUUUUAAGUAGCAUGUUGCAAGGGGACCCGGUGUACAGCCCUGCCUCCUGCUGUUCGGCCUGGCCUGCUGCCGGCUGCCGCCCCAGCGUCGGCCACAGAGGUGGAAGCGAGUCGCGUCUGGGGCCGCAUGUGCCCGUGUGUGCCACGCUCGCUUCUUGUGCACUUUUCCCAGCAGCCUGGAGGAGAGCCUGGAGGAGGAGGAGGGUGCUUCCGCUUCCCGAACGCGGAGGAAGAGGCGGAGGCAUGCUUUGUCCUGUCUGGAUUCAGAACCAUUCAGCACAUACAGGGCUUUAUCAUGCAGUGCGUUGCUGUGGAGCGGCUAGUUGACACAGUUUUGUUUCCAAUGACAUUUUAGCUUAAAAAAAAAAAAAAAAAAAGGAGAUGUUAAUAAAAGUUCUUCGGUCUGAGGCUGAAUAGAAGGUA